AUGACAGCAACAACCUUUGCAUCAACAUCUAAAUCAGCUACAACGACAUCUACAUCUAAUUCAACAACCACUGAAUCAACAUCUGAAUCAACAACAACCACUGAAUCAACAUCUACAUCAACUACAGAAACAUCUACAGUUCCAUCAAUAACAGCAACAACCUUUGCACCGACAUCUACAUCAGCUACAACAGCAUCUACAUCGAACUCAUCAUCCACUGAAUCAACAUCUGAAUCAACAACACCACCAUCUACACCUCAAUCAACAACACCUGCUCAAACAUCAACAUUUGAAUCAAUAACAACCACUGAACCAACAUCUACAUCAACUACAGAAGCAUCUACAGUACCAUUAACAACAGCAACAACCUUUGCACCAACAUCUAAAUCAGCUACAACAACAUCUACAUCUCACUCAACAACCACUGAAUCAACAUCUGAAUCAACAACACCACUAUCUACACGUCAAUCAACAACACCUGCUCAAACAUCAACAUCUGACUCAAUAACAACCACUGAACCACCUACAGUUCCAGCAACAACUUUUGCACCAACAUCUCCAUCAGCUACAACAACAUCUAUAUCUCACUCACCAACCACUGAAUCAACAUCUGAAUCAAACACACCAGAAUCUACACCUCAAUCAACAACACCUGCUCAAACAUCUGCAUCAUCCUCAACAGCAUCUACAUCUUACUCACCAACCACUGAAUCAACAUCUGAAUCAACAUCUCUAACAUCUACACCUCAACCAACAAUAUUUUCUCAAACAUCUACAUCUGAAUCAACAACCACUGAACCAACAUCUACAUCAACUACAGAAACAUCUACAGUUCCAUCAAUGACAGCAACAACCUUUGCAUCAACAUCUAAAUCAGCUACAACGACAUCUACAUCUAAUUCAACAACCACUGAAUCAACAUCUGAAUCAACAACAACCACUGAAUCAACAUCUACAUCAACUACAGAAACAUCUACAGUUCCAUCAAUAACAGCAACAACCUUUGCACCGACAUCUACAUCAGCUACAACAGCAUCUACAUCGAACUCAUCAUCCACUGAAUCAACAUCUGAAUCAACAACACCACCAUCUACACCUCAAUCAACAACACCUGCUCAAACAUCAACAUUUGAAUCAAUAACAACCACUGAACCAACAUCUACAUCAACUACAGAAGCAUCUACAGUACCAUUAACAACAGCAACAACCUUUGCACCAACAUCUAAAUCAGCUACAACAACAUCUACAUCUCACUCAACAACCACUGAAUCAACAUCUGAAUCAACAACAACCACUGAACCAACAUCUACAUCAACUACAGAAACAUUUACAGUUCCAUCAAUGACAGCAAAAACAUUUGCACCAACAUCUACAUCAGCUACAACAGCAUCUACAUCGAACUCUUCAUCCACUGAAUCAACAUCUGAAUCAAUAACACCACCAUCUACACCUCAAUCAACAACACCUGCUCAAACAUCUACAUCUGAUUCAACAACAACCACAGAACCAGCAUCUACAUUGACUACAGAAACAUCUACAUCUAAAACAACAACAUCUACAUCUGAUGCACCAACCACUGAAUCAACAUCUGAAUCAUCAACACCACCAUCUACACCUCAAUCAACAACACCUGCUAAAACAUCAACAUCUGAAUCAACAACAACCACUGAACCAACAUCUACAUCAACUACAGAAACAUCUACAGUUCCAUCAACAACAGCAACAAUCUUUGCACCAACAUCUACACCAGCUACAACAACAUCUAGGUCUCAGUCAACAACCACUGAAUCAACAUCUACAUCGACUACAGAAACAUCGACAUCAGCUACAACAGCAUCUGCAUCUCACUCACCAACCACUGAAUCAACAUCUGAACCAACAACACCAGAAUCUUCACCUCAGUCAACAACACCUGCUCAAACAUCUACAUCAGCCACAACAGCAUCUACAUCUCAGUCACUAACCACUGAAUCAACAUCUGAAUCAACAACUCUAACAUCUACACCUCAAUCAACAACACCUGCUCAGACAUCUACAUCUGCUUCAACAACCACAGAACCAGCAUCUACAUCGACUACAGAAACACCUACAUCUGAAACAACAAAAUCUAAAUCUGACACACCAACCACUGAAUCAACAUCUGAAUCAACAACUCUAACAUCUACACCUCAAUCGACAACACCUGCUCAGACAUCUACAUCUGCUUCAACAACCACAGAACCAGCAUCUACAUCAGCUACAACAACAUCUACAUCCACUACAACAACAUCUACAUCUCACUCACUGACCACUGAAUCAACAUUCGAAUCAACAUCUCUCACAUCUAAACCUCAAUCAACAACACCUGCUCAAACAUCUACAUCUAAAUCAACAACAACCACUGAACCAACAUCUACAUCAACUACAGAAAAAUCUACAUCAGCUACAACAACAUCUACAUCUCUCUCACCUACCAUUAAAUCAACAUCUGUAUCUGCAACUCUAACAUCUACACCUCAAUCAACAGCCACUGAAUCAUCAUCUAAAUCAACAACAACCACUGAACCAACCUCUACAUCAACUACAGAAACAUCUAGAGUUACAGCAACAACAACCUUUGCACCAACAUCUACAUCAGCUACAACAACAUUUAUAUCUCACUUCAACAUCAACAUCCUCAGCUUCAUCAGCAACAACCCCUGCACCAACACCUACAUCAGCUAUAACAAUAUCUACAGCUUUAUCAACAAAAACCCCUACACCAACAUCUACAUCAGCUACAAGAAGAUCUACAGCUCAGUCAACAACAUCAUCAUCAACAAUCACUGCACCAACAUCUACAAUUUAUUCAACAAAAUCCACCACACCAUAUACACCUGA